AAUCGCAGUUAGUUUCGUCAUUCCGGAAGCGGGAAGUUUGUCAGAGAAUGCGUUUGUAUGUUGCUUCCACAGAAGGUUGCUUAAUUACUUGAAAAAUUACUUAUUGAAACUGAUGCAGCUAGCGGACUAGCAACAGCUAGCGGACUCGCUUGUUAUCUUGCGUAAACAUGGUUGUCAUCAGCAUGAUAGUUAUGUAUGAGGACGAUUCCGUUGAGGUGCGCUGCGGCGAUGGGUCGUGUUUGCAGCUCUCCCCGUGUGGUUCUGAGUUCUUGCUAGAGAAAACUGUUCCGCCAUCAGCUCACCCAUUACAGCCAAGCGAAAAAGUAAGACAGAGAACACGUUUCGUCACCAGCGCCCACAAAGAUUUAAUAGUUCAGGCUCUGGAGUUCAGGAACAGGUUUGCUGUGAGGCCAUACCUCCCCAAAGACCUCAUCCCCCAGAUUGCAGAAUGCACUUCUUCACUGAUAUUGCAGAGAUUGAGUGGCCUUCUUCUGUUUCCUGCGGGUUAGAGUUUGGGUUGAAUGGCGAGGCGAUCGUCUGUUCUGUGGAUGGGAAUGCCAGCCUCCUCUUGUCCCCUUCCAAGGAGGAGUUCUCAGUGGAGUUCCUCUGCAGGGCAAGUCAAACUGAGGUCCGGGGAGCUGUCCAUCAGGAUCCAGAGAUCGAGCCAGUUUCAAAGCAUGUGAAAAGCCAAGACAGUUCUACAGCAGGAGACUUGUGUUCACAGAACACAGCUGGGACAGUGAGGUUAUCUGGAGUGAAAGAAAAUGGACCAGACACCUCCAAAGCACAGGCUAGGCAGGGGCACCUGUACAGCCGGGUGGUCCAGCACCAUUCUUGCGCCUGUCCCCCACCUGUUUGGACAUACCCUUUGUCUUUGGCACUCAGCCUGUGCGAUUCUCAGCAGCGAAAGCCCAGUGAACACACUGCUGAAGAGGGGCUGGAGGCUGCAGCCGGAGCUCCGGGCAGUUCUCCGGGGCAGAGCGUGUCCAGGGGGGAGAGGUGCCGACUUCCAGAAGCUCUCCCGCUCACGUGUCCCACACCACACCAGCACAGGUGGAACUUGAGGGACUCGGCACAACGAAAGGAACAGGAAUUUGACCAAGGCCUGAGGACAGAGCUUGUAAAAGUUCUGUGGCUCCAAGGGGUUGUGUACAGGCUGAUCAGUGGGGCGAUCGCCAUCAUAGAGAUCUGCCCAGGAGAUGGCUCUGUCAUCAGGUCGAAUGGCGCAGUGGCAAAUUACUUCACACAUCAUGCAGCUAGGCUUUCCUUUGGACAGAACGAAGAGAGGACGUACUGCAUGAACAGGCUGCCCCCGGACGUCCCGGGCCUGGCGUACUCCAUCAGCUGUGUGGUAACCCGAGCCAACAGGAUCCUGAAGUGCUACAAUCAGGCCAGACUUUCCCUGAAGCUCCCCAGCUCCCACUGCUGCUGGAGUCAGGAGAGCCGCUCUUCAGACCGCGCGGCUCUGAUCCGGGAGGCCCAUGUUGCGGGCUCUGGGCACUUCAUGGCCUUUUCCGACGGCAGGGUCCACGUCAUCUUUCUGGAUGGGGUCACUUUGCAGAUGAUGUGGAGCACCAGCACACCAGCACAGGGGGCUGACGGGACGUUGCAGUUUGCCAGAGGUGCACAGCAGCUGGGCGGCUGGUGCCAGCUCGUCCUUCCCAACGGGCAGCGUCCGCUCGUACAGCUCCAGGCACCAGGGUCCUACAGCAGGUACGUGUCUCCUGCGCUGCAGUGGAGCCGGCGGGUUCUGGAAGCCGUGCCGAACGGCAGGGAGGCGAGCUGUGGAGUCCAGUCCUCUGUGCCCGGGCAGAGCUGGUCUGUUGUUGCAGAACUGGAGAAGAUCAAAAGGUUUAACUUCUUACUGGAACACAGCGGGCUUCUGAAGGCUGCAGGGGGUUCCGCGGGUUCUAGCUGUGGGUUCCGAGAAGUCGUCUCUCACGGCAACUCCGGAACGGACUCGGUGGUAGUGAACGAGAGUAGCAUCACCGAGGCGCUGCAGAAGACCUCGAAAGCCAUCCAGGACAUUGAGAUGCUCCUGUCAGUCAGGAAAUCGACCAAUCACAGCACUACAUAAGAGUCGAGGCAGGGUGUUGACCUUGUAUAUAUGAAUAGUACUGAAUAUUUAAGUAUAUACUUUUCUCAUCUAGUUUUACAUUACAGUUCGUUGAACAUCCAUGUAUCUGUUUCAAGCAUAAAAUGGAAAAUGUCUGAAUAUAAUAAAUAAAUAAAUAUAUAUAACCUCUUAAAAUUUUAAA